AUGAGACGAAUGAAUGUCAAAAUAGCUAAAAUAUUGAAUCAAAAAUCAAGCCAAAUCCCGAACUUUAACAACAAUGAUGACGAUCCGUCUAAAAUAACUAGAAGGUUCGAUGAACUACGAAAGAAAGCGAUAAAAGGAAUAGAUACCGGAAAAAAUUACCUAAGACUUGAAUACUUCAGUGACGAUAACAUUACGGAGAUUUCGAUUGAGAAGAAUAAGACUUUAGCUCUUAUGGAGCAUUACAUCUACGAGACGAGAUACAAGCUGCCCUACGCACAGCUGUUGAGGAAGAAGUAUAGGGACAAUAUAAAGUACAAAAUAGGGUUUUGUUUCGCUUUAUUAAGGCAGUUAAAACAGCAGCAAAUGAUGAUUUAUACGACGUUAGUGAACCAAUAUCUGAGAACUACCACACUGCAUUUUCAUAUCAAGAUGUACGAGAAAGUGGUUAGAUUGGAUAUAGAUAUAAAAGAUGUGAUUUUGUUGGUCAGGCGAUAUGAAAGAGCUAGGAAAUUGGCAUUAAAUCCUAAUUAUUAUGACGAUUCUUGA